UUCCUCGUAUAGCCCCCCCCCAUCCCGCCGCUGGGUCCCCACCCCACUGCUGUUGGGUAGGGAGGGGAGCCGGAGCGAGGGGGGAGCUACCGGGACUGGAUUUUGGGGAGGCGGAAUUUUAAUGUUGCUUUUUUUGGGGUUUUUUUGUUUAAUGUUAUGGUUUUUAACCCGCAAAUACGUCUCUGAACAAUAAAAUCCUGCCAGACACGGUGACCCCACACGCACCCCCCAGGCGGGAGGCAGAGAGAGGGGCGGGGGGUGGCGAGCCUGUGAGAAAAUGGAGGGACCCUCCGGCUCCGCAGAGGAAGGGGAGCUGCCCCUCCUCACUGUCAAGCACGAGCUGAAGAACGCAAAUUUGACAGGCCAUGCAGAGAAGGUGGGCAUUGAAAACUUCGAACUCUUGAAAGUUCUUGGAACAGGAGCUUAUGGAAAAGUAUUUCUAGUGAGGAAAAUAAGUGGCCAUGAUAAUGGAAAGCUGUAUGCCAUGAAAGUAUUGAAAAAAGCAACAAUAAUUCAAAAAGCCAAAACAACAGAGCACACAAGGACAGAACGACAAGUACUGGAACAUAUUAGGCAAUCACCAUUUUUGGUCACAUUGCACUAUGCUUUCCAGACAGACACAAAACUUCAUCUCAUUUUAGGUGAACCAUCUUGCUCUCUUCAUCAGUAUUAUGUGUGGAGCAAAAGUCAUGCAAGUUUGCCAAACUAUAUAAAUGGAGGAGAACUUUUUACUCACCUUUCUCAAAGAGAGAGAUUUACAGAAAAUGACGUGCAGAUAUACAUUGGAGAAAUUGUACUGGCUCUUGAACACCUGCACAAGUUGGGGAUUAUAUAUCGAGAUAUAAAACUUGAAAAUAUUCUACUUGAUUCUAAUGGCCACGUUGUGCUGACAGACUUUGGUCUGAGUAAGGAGUUUCUUACAGAUGAAAAUGAGAGAGCAUAUUCCUUUUGCGGAACUAUAGAAUACAUGGCUCCAGAUAUUGUCAGAGGAGGAGACACAGGGCAUGACAAGGCUGUUGAUUGGUGGAGUCUUGGUGUUCUUAUGUAUGAGUUAUUAACUGGAGCAUCACCUUUUACAGUUGAUGGAGAGAAAAAUUCCCAAGCUGAGAUUUCUAGGAGAAUAUUAAAAAGUGAACCUCCGUAUCCCCAAGAAAUGAGUGCUUUAGCUAAAGAUGUAAUUCAGCGUCUUUUGAUGAAAGAUCCCAAGAAAAGGCUGGGCUGUGGUUCAGGUGGCGCUGAUGAAAUCAGACAACAUCCCUUCUUCCAGAAAAUAAACUGGGACGAUUUAGCUGCCAAAAAAAUACCAGCUCCGUUUAAACCAGUAAUCCGGGAUGAGUUGGACGUUAGUAACUUUGCAGAGGAGUUUACAGAAAUGGAUCCCACAUACUCUCCUGCAGCCACACCACAAACUUCAGAGAGAAUAUUUCAGGGAUAUUCUUUUGUUGCUCCUUCUAUCUUGUUUAAACGCAAUGCAGCCACAGUAGAUCCUGUUCAAUUUCAUAUGGGAGUUGAAAGACCUGGAGUUACAACUAUUGCCAGAAGUGCUAUGACGAAGGACUCUCCAUUUUAUCAUCACUAUGAACUGGAUCUGAAAGAGAAACCACUGGGAGAAGGAAGUUUUUCCAUCUGUCGAAAGUGUUUACACAAGAAAACUAGCCAAGAAUAUGCAGUAAAAAUAAUUAGCAAAAGAAUGGAAGCCAACACCCAGAGGGAAAUAACAGCUUUGAAACUCUGUGAAGGACACCCCAAUGUAGUGAAGUUGCAUGAAGUUUAUCAUGAUCAGCUUCACACAUUUCUAGUAAUGGAACUGCUGAAGGGAGGAGAAUUGCUUGAACGCAUUCAGAAAAAGAAACACUUCAGUGAGACAGAAGCCAGUUAUAUCAUGCGCAAACUUGUUUCAGCUGUGAGCCACAUGCAUGAUGUAGGAGUCGUCCAUAGAGAUCUGAAACCUGAGAUUGUAACCAGUGAUGUUGACAUUCCAGUAAAGAGAAGCAUCCACCCAGAGAAUUUAUUGUUCACAGAUGAAAAUGAUAAUUCAGAAAUAAAAAUAAUUGAUUUUGGAUUUGCUCGGUUAAAACCACCUGAUAAUCAGCCUCUUAAGACUCCAUGUUUUACUCUUCAUUAUGCUGCCCCAGAGCUCUUGAAUCACAAUGGUUAUGACGAAUCCUGUGAUCUCUGGAGUUUGGGGGUCAUUCUGUAUACAAUGCUGUCAGGACAGGUACCCUUCCAGUCUCAAGACAAAGGUUUAACAUGCAUCAGUGCAUUGGAAAUUAUGAAGAAAAUUAAAAAGGGAGAAUUCUCCUUUGAAAGAGAAGCCUGGAAGAAUGUAUCUCAAGAAGCCAAAGAUUUGAUACAAGGACUUCUUACAGUGGAUCCAAAUAAAAGAAUUAAAAUGUCCAGUUUGCGAUACAGUGAAUGGCUUCAAGAUGGGAGCCAGCUGUCAUCCAAUCCUCUAAUGACUCCUGAUAACUUAGGCUCUUCAGGAGCUGCUGUACAUACAUACGUCAAAGCAACCUUUCAUGCCUUUAACAAGUACAAAAGGGAAGGAUUUUGCCUCCAGAAUGUUGACAAGGCACCUCUUGCUAAAAGAAGGAAGAUGAAAAAGACAAGUACAAGCACAGAGACACGUAGCAGUUCCAGUGAAAGUUCACAUUCUUCCUCCUCUCAUUCUCAUGGUAAAAUUACACCAACAAAAACCCUGCAGCCAACAAAUCCUGCAGACAGCAAUAACCCAGAAACCAUCUUCCAGUUCUCUGACUGAAAAGCAGAGAAAUAUCCUCUCUCGAACAAUUAAGAGGUGAUAAGCCUGGUAGUACCUGUCCCUCCUUGGAACAGAGGGAUUACGGGGAUAUGUUCAUUGCUUUGAACAACUUGUUUCAGUUCUGCCUUUUUAACUUUUUGUUUCAAGACAUUUGGUUUUAGUCCUAGUUCUGAAUCACUGGAUGUGGUAUAAUAUUGUGAAUACAACUAUCAUUGAACUCUCUUAGGGCUAGAUUGGUGUGCAGCCUAGUCCUGAGUAAGGGGUAAUCACAUUGUUGUUUUAUCCCUGGAGGAAGAGUGUGACUGAGAGCAUAAUCUCCUUUCAGUUUCCCCACUGUUCCAGGGAGGGAAUAUACUGUAAAAGUCAAUGUGUACUCCCUGAAACGCUGUGUAACUUUGCCACUAGGCAUGUUGUGGGGAGCAGAGUCAAGAGCCCUCCUGCCCAUCUGCAUAAGGAGGGUCAUAGCAGCUCUGGUUCUCUCUGCACACAAGUAAUGGCGGUACAGUGCACUAAAGCAAGAGGCCAUCUUACAUCACUUCUAACUCCCUUGUGUUGGUGCAUAGGAUAGGCCGGAACCUGGACCUUAUUUAGGAAUUUAAGAACAGAGUUGAACAUAAAAGGAGUACCAUUAUGCUGUUUUACAAAUUUAUUCCUUAAAUUUGGUUUUACGCUACUCAGAAUAUAACAGUCUUAUAUUAUCUAGAUGCAAAAGGAAUCUAUGGCUAGCAAGAUGAGGUGACUUUGCAUUGUAAUGCUAUUGUUUAUUUGUAUUUCUAGAAAAUAUAAAUUUUUAAAAAACUUUUCAAGCUCCAAAACCCAAUGAUAUACCAGAGAAAAGAAGUUGAAAUUUAGUACUGAACAUUUUUUUUUAAAUGGUCAUGUGUUCAAAUAUCUAUUUCAAGGAACAGCUAAAAUGUAUUGUGUUUAUCUUUUAUAUUUCUAUGAUAACUUGAAGAUACCAAGAUGAAUCUUUUUUUUAAAAGAUGCAGAAACGCCAAAUUCCAUUUUUGUUAUCAUGGGGUUCAUAUUGAAUGCAUGCCAACUUAUGUUUUUAAUUUUGCAUUGCACAAAUGUGGCAGUUAGCUUAAUACUGAUCAUAAAAUAUUCAAAUAUAUUUUUCUUGUUUGUGCUUUAUAAAACACCUUAAUGAUUUUGAUGUUUUCUCAUGGAGUGUUUUUGGGAUCCCACAAGGUGUUGCAUGCUGCUCUGAGAUGCUGAGUGUCCUUAAGUCUCACUGAUUUCAGCGGGAGUUGUGGGCUCUUAGCACCUUUGGAGGAGUGCUCAGCAUCUGGCAGGAAUGAAACCCUGUAGCUUUGCCAUUUUUUUCAUUCCUUACAUUACAUUUCCUUCCUCACAUCUUGCUUCUGUCUUGUACAUAAUAAAUAACUAGACUUGGGCAUGUUGUAUAGUGUAGUUGUAAAGCACUUAUGCACUGGGAAAACUAAAGGGAAAUUAUACUAAACACUGUGUUUCACAACUGUACACUGUUGUACUACAGUGAGGUAUUUCCUGCUGUGGUAGUAUAUUAUGUACAUAACCUAUUUGGAAUCAUAAAUAUGUGACUUUUACUGAAACAUUUCCAUAGAUAUACUUUUAAAUUGAAUAGCAUAUUUUGUAAACUUAUGCAGAGCAUUUCUACUGCUCACCUUCUGAAUGACUAGGGACAAUUAUUAAGUGCUAAAUAAGACCCCAGUUUUGUAAACAAUUACACAUGUGAGUCAUCUCAUUAACAUCAAUGAGACUACUGAUGUAAAGUACAUGUGUAAUUGUUAGCAUGAUUGGAACCUAGUUGACUAACAGAUUUUAUUAACAACUUGCUGCAUUUUAAAGUAAACUUAAUCCAAACCCUAUGCAAAAAGGAUAUAGGAAUUGUUUAUGUCAAUGGUUUUAUUUAUUUAAUUACAUCAGAUAACAGUGUUGAGAAAUCUUAUGCAGCCAUGUUUACAAGGACUGUGUUUGAUAAAACCAAGAGGUUUUGAGACCAA